AUUAGAAAUCAUAAGCGAUAGCACAUCAGUGAUUGAAUACAGUUAACACGUCUCUGCUAAAUCUUAUCUCUGAUAUCUUAAGUAUAAACUAUAAUCCGAUUUUUAUAGGAAUUCGUAACCGCUCCACAUCACAUCCACACAGCAUGACGACGCGUUUACCGGUAGUUGUACUCAAGAACCCGUUGUUGCGGUGCAAUGCUACUUUGACGUUGGUUGGGCUGCUUGUCCGGUGUUUUGUGCUACAUAUUUUAUCAGUGGAAUUUGGGUCUGAAGGCUGACGUCUGCAAUUGAGGACGGAGAAGUGCAAAGAUAGACCACCGCGAUGUCCAGAUUAAGUCCAAAUGAUCCUAAUUCUUAUUCUAGACCUGAGGAAGUAAAGGUCAUUGCUGUGCAUCUCAAGUGGAAUGUCGACUUUUCCCGAAAAAUCAUCUCUGGUUUUGUUACUCUCACAGCAGAGCAGUUGACAGAUGCCUCACAGUUGAUCUUGGAUACCAGAGAUAUAAAGAUCCAUUCUGUCAAAGAUGAAGAGACUGGUCAGCUCCUGCAGCACUCUAUGGGAGAUGCUCAUCCAAAUUUUGGUUCUGCCCUGACAAUUGCUCUGUCACCUUCUGGCAGAAAACAGUAUAAGAUCACAAUAGAGUAUGAAGUAUCUGCAUCGUGCACAGCUCUUCAAUGGCUCUCUCCAAGUCAGACUGCAGGCAAAAAGCACCCUUACUUGUUUUCUCAGUGUCAGGCAAUACACUGUCGUUCAUUGUUGCCAUGCCAGGACACACCAGCUGCCAAAAUUACAUACACAGCUGAAGUGACAGUUGACAACGACUUAGUGGCCCUCAUGAGUGCCCUGAGAGAUGAAGAGCAUCCUCCACUUCGAAGUGACAAAGGUGUCACUUAUAAAUUUCGACAGCCAGUUCCAAUACCUGCUUAUUUAAUAGCAAUAGCUGUUGGUGCAUUAGAAAGCAGGAAGAUUGGUCCUCGCUCCCAUGUUUGGUCAGAAAAGGAUUUCGUAGAAAAAGCUGCAUAUGAAUUUGCUGAAACAGAACAGAUGUUGGCAACUGCGGAGUCACUUUGUGGAGAAUAUGUAUGGGGUCAGUAUGACCUACUCAUCCUGCCACCAAGUUUCCCUUAUGGUGGAAUGGAAAACCCUUGUCUUACCUUUGUUACUCCUACUUUAUUGGCAGGUGACAAAUCUUUGGCUGAUGUUGUAGUUCAUGAAAUAACACACAGCUGGACUGGAAAUUUGGUCACUAAUGCAAACUGGGAACAUUUCUGGCUCAAUGAAGGUUUUACAAAGUUCAUUGAAAGAAAAAUUGUUGGUGAACUUCAGGGCAUUACUGCCAGAUCUUUUUCUGCUAUAGGUGGAUGGAAUGGCCUAGCAGAAUGUAUCCAGGCAAGAGGAGAAAAGGAUCCGCUUACUUGCUUGAUCCCAGACCUGACUGGAGUGGAUCCAGAUGAUGCAUUUUCCACAGUGCCUUAUGAAAAAGGACACACUUUUCUGUGGUACCUUGAGUCGCUUGUGGGAGGGCCUGGUGAAUUUGAACCCUUCUUGAGAGCCUACUUGGAUAAAUUCAAGUUCAAAUCCAUUACAUCAGACACAUUCAAGGAUUUCCUUCUGGAAUAUUUUGCUGAUAAGAAAACUGUAUUAGAAAAGGUUGACUGGAAUUUGUGGUGGCAUACUCCAGGGAUGCCUCCUCAUAAGCCUGAAUUUGAUGAAACACUAGCUGCCACAUGUACUGACUUGCGCCAAAGAUGGGUUAAUUGGGAUCCUUCAAAAGAAUGUUCUUUUGUCAAGAAUGACUUAGAUGACAUGUCAUCUAACCAGAUAAGUCAGUGGCUGGCACAGUUACUAGAGUGUGAACCUUUAUCAAUAACAAAACUUGAAAAGAUGGAAGAACUGUAUGGGAUGUCUUCUCGUAACAACGCAGAAAUUAAAUUCCGUUGGUUACGGCUUGGACUGAAAUCACACUGGCCAGACUGUGUGGAUGAAGCUCUGAAAUUCAUCACUGAACAAGGUCGAAUGAAAUUUGUGAGACCCAUUUACAGGGAUUUUUAUGCUUGGGAGGAGAUGCGUUCACGCGCCAUUGCAACAUUCAAGGCAAAUAAAGAUUCCAUGAUGCACGUUGCAGCUUACGUAGUGGCCAAAGACCUUCAUCUCAGUGAAUAAGCUGAAUGCCAUAUUUUUAGACAACUCUUCCCCAAGUUACAAUAAGGGUUUUACAGGGAUGAUUGAGUUACAAUUUAAGAUGUAUGUUAAUUGAUAUAAUAAAUAUUUUUAGUUAUAAA